GGGGCGCAAUGAACGAAACAAGCCAGACGAAUUAGUAAUGGAAUGACUUAAUUUUGUUGUUUUUCUUUUUAAAGUAAAUUUGCUGUAGAAAAUUGACUGGACUCGAACAGAUAUGGAAAGUGAUGGAUUCAUUAAGGUAGAAUACAAAUCAAACAGAAGAAGGAAAAGGUCUAAACCCAAAAAGAUAAAUAAUGCAGUUGGGUAUGAGACCAUUCAUUUUGAUCCUUUAGAAGCAGAAACAGAUUUUGAAACGGUUCUUAAAAAGGUGGAAGAGUGCAAAGCCGAAAUACGUUCGAGUGACUUUUAUCUCAAUUUCUACGAAAUAUUCAAGAAGUGCGUCGUUACCAAUUCUGGUAAAUCCGAAGAUGGCAAGAGGAAUGUGCAGAACAUCGUGUGUUACGGUCUGGGGAGUGUUUCGACUUCCUUGGCCGCCCGGUACCAGUUGGCUCUGCUGUUGCUGAUGAAAGAAUUUACUGGGUCUUCGAAUCCCCUUCUGUAUGAUCCCAUCUUUAGCAAAUUGGACUGGAAAAUUUUGACGCGUUUUCACUGUAGGGCGAUACGGAAGAACGAAGAGGGAAAACGUAAGAUUGACGGGAGGACCCUGUUCUUUAUGCCACACUGCGGGAGACCUCUGUAUAACAGUAUUCUGUGGGCCAACUGGAGUCCCGACGGGUUGAACGACGUCAUCCUGAUAGGGAAUAGUUUUAACAAUUUUGUGUUUUCGUUGCCCGAAAAGACAUUGAAUAAGUUUUCUUACCUGUGCCGGGUGAAGUCUGCGGUUACUGAAUACAAUGUGCCCAAUACUUUCAGGUUUCAAGACAUAUUUAACAAUAUGUCCAUUCACGUGUUUGAUCUCCGCGUUUUACGGAAUUUUCCGAAACAGAACUGGAAGGAUCAUGCGGAACCUUUCUAUCACGGCGAUGACGAGAUUAUUCUAUCGUAAAUGAUGAUAUUUUGUAUAGCGUUUACUUCGUAAAUUAUCGUGGUGAGUGCGCGACGUAUUUAUCGUGUAACAGUUUUUAACUUAUGGUAAGUUGUACGAAAUGUUAGCAAGAAAGUUUUACAAAUAAACUUAUUAUUUUUUCAUUUGUUAUAAUUAUAGGUUUAUGUUUGGUUUAAUUUGAAAUUAAAUUUUAAACAUUAACACAUGUGAUACUUUUUCUUCUUGAUUAAAGCAAAUUUCGUAAUAUUCUGUUUUCCCAUAUUCAC